UCAUGCAGCCAGUCAUGCAGCCAGUCAUGCAGCCAGUCAUGGAGGCUAUCAAGGGACCAGUCAAGGAACCAAUCAAGGGGCCAGUCAAGCAGCCAGUCAAGGGGCCAGUCUCGCCAUCGUACAAACUACACUGUCUGGACUGCAGCAUCAUCUUUGAAACUUUACCUCAGUAUCUGCAACAUGUGUCACAAUUGAAACACAAAGAGAUGUUGAAGAAAGUCUUUAAAGAAGGUUCUGAUGGAGACCAAAAAGCACCUGUAAAAUUGAGCCUGGACUUGCACAGUUACCUCCAAGAGGCCUUGAAGCUGAAUCAGCCAGUUGCUGGUGCAUCCCUGGUUGUGGCAUGUGUGAGCUCUCAGGUUCAGGCAGAAAUUAUUUAUAUUUGCUUUGCCUGUCAGGACUGUUUCCCCGAGUCUUCAGUCAGGCAACACAUGAAGUGUAACAAACAUGUCAUACAAACAUUGCUGUACCGGAAUCCCUGGAGGCUCCCUUUUGCCUGGAAGAACUAUGUGGAAAGCCUGAAAGUCUUGAGGGCAGUGGCGUGGGAAGAGGAGAGGAAAAGAGGACCAAAGCAGAUGGUGGUGAAGGUCCUUGAUAUUCCAAACCAUAUAUUUCAGAGCUCCACCCCACUUAGUUACCAGAGCGCGAUGGAGAGACUAAAAUUACACCACAAUCUCUUAAAGAAGGAAGUCCCACACUGUGAAACGUACGACAAACGAAACGGGAGGUUUCCUCUUCUCGGCAAACAGUUCCUGGUGACGUUCAAGCAGUGUAUCAUACGGCACCACGCAACGGAAAUGAGAUUUCCUUGUUUACUCUGUGAGAGGAGACUGUCUGGUUAUGAGUUUUAUGCUCAUUUGUUCAGCUGGGAACACGUUAGAAAUUUUCUGGACCGUUUCCACCCAGGCUCGCUGACUUCAAACCCUGACACUGAGACCUUACUGGACUUGGCAAAACAGGCAGACCGUAUUCACCCCACAUCUAAAGUACAGGAAAUAAAGUUGGAUAAGCCCAUCAGGGAGCCGUGCCACUACAACACAAUAAUAUCAAUGUUGGCAUCUGCAAAAAGACGAAAUGGGGGAGGAAAGCUGGAACCCUCCAUAAUACCUAAAAAGAAGCUCUUCCCCAGGGAAACUCUGAAAAAAGUAGAUGCGGCCCAUGUGAGAGACAACAGUCCGAAAAAAAGUCGGAUGAUGGAGGGAUCUGACAGGAAGACCAGUCCAAAAUCUACAGACAACCCUGAAAACACUUUGAAAUACACUUCACCGGAACCUGGUUCUGGUGAAAAAAAAGCAGAGGGAGCCCACAAAGAGACUCUUACACCAAGUGACACACAAUCAGAGAAGAGCACAGAAGCGUUUUCUCAAACGUGUCCAGAUGAAGUAAAGAGAGCAGGUGUGGAGACAUGCCAUUGGAUAAAGCAGGAGAAAAUUGCUGAGAUAAUGGAGGAGGUAAAGAAAGCAGAUGUGGAGAAAAGCCAGUUGAUAAAGCAGGAGAAAAUUGCUGAGAUAAUGGAGGAGGUAAAGAAAGCAGAUGUGGAGAAAAGCCGGUUGAUAACGCAGGAGAAAAUGGAUGAGAUCAUGGAGAAGGUAAAGGAGAUAAAGAAGGAGAUACCGGCGGAGUUGAUGGAGAUAAAGGAAGAGAAUAUGGAACUGUCUAUAUGGGAGAUCAUGGAACCCUGCCAGAACACAGACAAUGGUGAUAGAGCAGAGACAACGAAAAACAAUAGAAAGAGGCAAAACAGCCCGUCUGAAAAAUCACAAGAAAGCAAAUGUGCUACUGAGGAUGUGGAAAGAGAAAUGGAGCAUAAAAGGAAGAAGCUCAAUUCCCAUGAAGAGUCACCUUGUGAGGAAUCCCAAACAGUGUCAAGCCGUGGACUAAAUCUGGAGACCACCAUCAUCCAGAGAGCAAGUGGAAAACUAAGUCACAAGAGUACCAACGAUAAAGUGUCCUCCUAUGAGAACCACCAACAAGGACUGCAGCUGUGGCAGUACGUCAAGAUGAACAACCGAGAGCCCAUAGUGGGCUUAAACGCACUUCUUGAAUGCGUCUGUGAUCGACAUGAGCCCAUCUACCUCUGUAAGUGCUGCUCUCGGAAGUUCCCAGAGCCCAGUAUCAUCACCCACGUGACUGGACUUGACCAUCAGAGGAUGUAUCUGCUGGGAACACAGGAAAUCCAACCUCCAACAAAGAAGCGCCAGAAGAGGAAGAUGAGAAGUUUGGCUGCUUCGUUUGAGCAAGAUAAAGGAUAUGGAGAGGCUCAGGUUAUUUCACUGGAUGAAGACGUUUUUGAGAGAAUCUCAAAACAGAGCUUUUAUUCAGCCAUGGAGACUAUAAAGGCACUUCUGGCAGUUCUGGCUCAGCAGGACAAACGGCAUGAACCCACUUUAGCCCCAGCUUUGCCUGCUGCUCAACCUGAGCCGGCCUCAGUCACCGUUCAUGCUGAACUUGAGUUUUACUCAGUGAAGGACACCAUCCAGGUGAUAGAUAUGGAUAUUGAGUCAGAAGAUUCUGGGACAAAACCUUCAUCAGUAACUGCCCCCAUGUCUGUGAUGACUGAAAGCACUCAAGAUGCAUCAAGUCCUCAUGUGUCCAAAAGUGGGACAAACACUGCCAGAUUGCAUUGGGAUUCCACAAGGAAUAACUCAGUAGAUAAAAUCGCCCGAAACACAAUAAUGGAACGAUUGAAAUCAUUAACCUCUUCAAAAGUAGUCGGGAAACUUCAUACUGCAACGACUUUAGAUUCUACAACUACUACCGCCACAAAAUCCACGACAACCAUCACCAAAUCUACCUCCAUUUCUUCCAAGUGUACUCCAGACUACACUAAACCGAUAGCAACUGUCCGCAACCCUACAGCAGCCGCAUCCAGCUGCACCAGAGCCCCCACCACAUUGGGAGAAACGACCUACAAAUGUGCUGCAGCCAAAUCAGGUCCCACUGCAACCACCACUAAACCGACGACUGCCACCGUCUGCACUGUCAACCCCUCUAAGUACACAGCAGCCUCUCCCACACUGAUGGGAAGCACGUCUACUUCUAACAUCAGCAUCUCCAGGACGGUCUCAACCACGAAAUCCACAAUGUUGACAAAACCGAUGGAAGGCACACCUGGAGCAGCCACCAAAGCUAUAAUGACUUCAUGUAGACCUUUACCAGCUUUUCAAGGCAGAUCCACAGUGUUGCAAAAAAACACUUUUUUACCCGCUUUACCUCCCAAAUUUACAGUUACACCUCAAACUACAGUGACAAAUGCAGCCGCUGCUACAUUGACUCAAACAUCACUUCAGUUUGAAAAUAUCAAAACCUCCACCAAGACUGUGCAGACGAAGAAUUCAAUGUCAAAUGUUGAUGCUGCACCACAUAUUCACAAGAGCAUUGCCCCUGGCACUCCCACUGAGCCGUCACAGGCCUUCACAAACAAGGGAAACAAGAACCCUCCAAGACUUGGCUUAGACGAGGUGAUCACAGUGACUUCUGGAAGCAAGAAGCAGAUCUACUGUCAGCUGUGUUCCGUCAGGCUGAAUGAAUCCAGUCACCUCACCAGCAAGAGCCACGUGUAUCAGUGUGUGAAAAAGAAGUACAGCGGGUUCCUCUCCGAUAUGUUGGAGUCGCCGAAUAACUGGGCCAUGGUGGUCGCAAACUUGGCUGAGCUGGAGAGGAAAUGUGGAAACCGGAGGGGCCAGACGAUUGAAGUGACGGAUGAUGUCUAUAAUGAGCUGCGUGAUCGCCUGGAUGCCAAAACAGCUAUAGAAAGACUGAAAACGAUGCUGCAUCAGGCCCCGCCCCCCUUUCCUGAUGACGCUCCAGAAUCAUUGAGACCAAAACUUGCCCUCCCCAGUUCAUUGAUUGACACACCUCAAGAUGAAAAGCCAGAGCUUCUUACCAACCAGCAGCCGCAGCAGGAGAACACCUGUAUACCAGUCCAAGUCCAAGAGGAACCUGGUCGUGCAUAUCCUUGUGCCGCUUACUCAGAAUCUGCAUGCACCUUUGCCCAAACCCCUCAUACACACCAAGGGACUCUUGAGAACAGACAGCUGCCGCAGGAGAGAAGUGACCCAGACACGGGUAAGACGCCACCUGUAAUGUCCUCCAGCCCAGCCCAGUCCUCCUCAGCUCCUGUGAACACGGAGCAGCAGGACGCAUCAAGACCCAGCGUCAAAGUAGAACAUGUACCGACACCAGAGCCCGAGCAGCACAGUGCAUCAGUGGUGCUCCCAAGCCUUUCAGUCGCAGAAAGAAAUCAGGGCUGCAGUUUUUCUACCACAAUUGUUAACGCUAGACAGAAGGACUCUGAACCAAUCAUAGGUCUGGACAAUGUGUGGGAGUGUCGAGGAAUAUCUGGGCAUUUAUUCUUCUUGUGCGAGAGCUGCGAGGAGACACUCUCCAUCCAUCACAUUUUUCAACACCUGGUCAAUAUGGACCACAUGCUCAAAUACAUGUGGAGGUCUUAUCCACAUUUUAUGCUGCAAUUCUGGCCGUUGAAGGAUCUGGCUCAAGAAAUCAAAUUCAAGAUUUUGAAUGACGUCGUGGCGAAACUCUCAAAAAGAGACUUUUUCUACAAGGUAAAUGAACGGCGUGUGCUGCUGGAAGCCGAGCUGUUUGAACGCAUGCGGACGGCUCCAUUCAGUGAAGCUUUUCAAACGGUGACAAGGAUCAUGAAAGAAGAGGAAAGCAGCGUUUUGUCUCUGCCAGUCAGUACUCAGCAGCAAAGUGACAAAUACCUUCUGACCAGAAAACGUCCAGCUGAUUCAUCUGUUGAAGCGCUGGUCACAGCAGACCCCCAACUCGAGGAUCCUUUGCCAACCAAACGCACACGCAGCUCGUUGGCACCGCACAGUCAGCCUAUCUCUGAACCAGCUCACAAGUACACUGUUAACCCUGCUGCAACCUUCACCCCCGUGUCUGUAGAGGAGAAAGAAACAGGACCUGCUUGUGACAAGGAGAGGACUGUGAAAGGCUCAAUGCUCGAUGACCUUAUAAAGCUGGUGCUGCAGAAGAAAUCUGAGAAUCAACUGUCCCCUUGUGGGUCAGCUCCCGGUCAUGCCGACGCCACAACGUCCACUUCUGAAAGAGGUGUGGAAGGAAAAUGGGCUUCAAGGUUUGAGCAGGCUGAAGUGAAAAUGGAGGAAAAGGAAUCACAAUGGGUUUCACAGUAUUCUUGGCUUGAAGCUUCGUUAAAAGAUAUUCCGCGCUCCGUUGAGUCUUCGGAGGGAAUGUAUCCAACAGCACCUUGCGUGGAUAUAAAGUACGAGCAGCAACACGUCAUUCCAAAAGUUCUGUGUGACAACAGCUUAUCUCCAAGGGGGCACUCACCGAGAGGACACCUUCUGUCCUCAGCAGCCGUCGGCACCACGCUACCCUCCAUCGGCACUGCCCCCCCCGAUGAACUACGGCACCAGACGAGCGCCGAUGCUCAUAUGUUUGUAAACGUGAGCAAACUCCGGCCUCAUCUCACCCAUGUGGCCGCCAACUUGAACACGGGUCAGGUAUCACAGCUACAAAGUAACACAACAGCUGACACCAGUAGUGUUUACACCAUUAAACCCAUCAUAACUGCCAGGUCGGACCACACUAACCAGCCACCUAUAGGUGGUUAUCAAAAACAGGACCACACUGAGGUGAAGAGAGAAAUUCAGAACGCUCACAGUUUGUCCACAGAUCAAACUACAAACCCCAGCAUCACCCCGGCAGCUCCAGGGGGAUACGGACAUUGUGUUUCUGAGAAUGUCGCUGUUUGUGCAACCCCAGAGAACCUGUCUGUUUAUCCUCCGGGAUUAUACCAACAUGAAGGGCUCUACCCAGGUCAGAAUAAUCCAGAGCAGCAAUCAGUUCAGGUGCGUUUUCCAAAAUUUGGAAACUUUUUCGCGGCGCCACCACUCCCAGGACGGCUGAGCCUUGAUAUGCACCAGCAGCAGCAGCAACAGCAGCAACAGCAGCAGCAGAAGCAACAGCAGCAACAGCAACAGAAGCAGCAGCAUCAACAGCAACAGCAGCAGCAACAGCAACAGCAGCAACAGCAGCAGCAGCAACAGCAGCAGCAGCAGCAGCAGCAGCAGCAUCAACAGCAACAGCAACACCAGCAGCAGCAGUUUGCAGAAGCCUGGCAGAAGCAACAGCAGCAGCAGCAGCAACAGCAGAAGUUUGCAGAAGCCUGGCAGAAGCAGCAGCAGCAGCAGCAGCAGAAGCACCAGCAGCAGCACCAGCAGCACCAGCAGCAGCAGCACCAGCAACAGCAGCAGAGGCAGUGCUCCUCAUUGACUAGUGCUACCUGGUCUGCUGGCGUUGGCAACGUGACGAAUGAAGCUGUGAAUUUCGGAGCAGCUCCUUUCACUCUUCUAUCCAACAAUUCACAAAGGCCAGCUGACCUGACCGCAUCCAGCCCCAGCGGAGUCGCUCCAGGGCAGAGCAUCAGCGACAUGAUGCCACGCUACUUUUACCAGGUUUACAACAGACCUCCAGCUUUUCAAUAUCCUCCCCCCAGCCAACAGUGAACACCUCUCCCAGGCUUCUGCAAACUUUUGCUAUGCUUCUGCCUUUUUUUGUUGUUGUUGUUGUUGUUGCUGCAGCUCCCUCUGUUGUCAAUACAGCUUCUCUUACAUCCCAUCAUACUACUUGUUAAAGCAAGUUGAUACCAGGAUCUUACAAGUGAUUUCUGCUGUGCAGACGUUAAAUAUUCUUUCAGUUUAGGAGUGUAGGACCAGGGGGAAGUGGUCUGAGGACAUGAUGUUGAACACUACACUACAGAUGACAGCUCAGGAUCUUCAGGAAUGUAGUGUCUGUUCGCUUGUGACUAUAAAGGUACUUAAUAUAAUAUCACUUAUAUAUUAUCACAGGCUUGGGCAUAUCUUUUUGUUUGUUUGUUUGUUUUUGUAGCAACAUUUUUUGUUGGACAUUUUCCCACAACAGCUAAUUAUUAAGAUAAGGCCAUUUUAAUUUUGCACCCAUUGAAGAGAAACCCUAGAUUUGUUGUUAUAUUCUUAUUUUAGGAUCAACAGAUGGAAAUCAGUGCCUUUGCUUUGGUGUUUUCUGUAUGUUCACACGUGCACAGUGCUGUUUAUUUCUAAGGUUCUGCUAAGUGAACAUUUGGGAAGAUGUGUUCAUUCAUUUUGAAGAACUUUAGACACUGGCAUUUUAAUAGAUAAUAAUUUUAAAGAAGUGUUUUUCUGUUGCAGCAGUGAGUUCAGGAUACUGUGAAUGUUUGAAACUGAAUUUAUAUCUUAUUUUGAAUAUGAAGGAUCAUUUUAUAAACUUUGAAAAGGGAUUUAACUGCGGAGGAUGGUUUCAGUAUUAACAGUUUUAAUGUUACAUUUUCAGCUGUUGUCAACUGAUUUUGGGCAUAGUUUUAUAUUCACAUUUUGUUCAUCUGAAUAAAAGAUUUUUCAUAAUAA